CGUGAUGAACACAAACGUUUCCUGUCAGGGAGGAGGCGGUGAUCACGGUAACUCACUGACCGGGGAACAGAUCUCAGAGACGGUGACAGCUGCCCAGAAAUGUCUUAUUGAUCGCUGAAAGAACUGACACUGAUCUGAGAACAGCUAAGCAAACACGAGCUUGGGAGGAGGACGAGCAGCGGAGAAGAUCCAACAUGUCUGAACCCAUAACAUCGGCAAUUUCCGAAUCCCUGACCGGAGAGGAGCUGAACGCUGACCUGCGGCCCACUUCCAUAUCGGACUGUCAGACCCAGUAUGUUGAAGAAGAGAAAGUGAAGCCAAACCCUGACUCUGAACCACCGGGGAGGAUCCAUGCGGUCCCGAUCCACCAGCGUCCAGAUCUGCUGGUUCCCUGUGCCGACCUGGUGAACUCCGAAUGGCACAGGAGUCAGGCCGCCCGGGUUCACUCCCUCCAGAAGUCCUGUCCGGAGUUCCCCCUCUGCCUGGUUCUCCUGCAGGGCCAUGGGGAGUCGGAGCGGCUGCUGGGCCACGUCCGGCUGUCCCAGGUCGUGGGUCAGUGCAGCAGCCUGUUCGUGGAGUCCGUGGUCGUGUCCAGGGCGGAGCGAGGGAAGGGCUACGGCCGGACUUUGAUGGAUGAGACAGAGCGCUACGCGAAAGGCCGAGGGUUCGAGUGCCUGUGCCUGACCACCCACGAUAAGCAGCACUUCUACGCUCACCUGGGUUACGUGCUCUCAACGCCGGUGCAGAACGCCGGCGGCAUGACAUCAUUCGUUCCCAUGGAGACGCUGCUGAGGUUCUCCAGGAUACAGAGUGACAAGAGGAGCUCGCAGAAACAGACCCGGACAAUGGUGGACGCUCAAAUACCAGUGAACAGAGACUCAGAAGGGUCACCUCAGCCUCCUCCUCCCAUUCUCCCUCCUCCACCUCCUCCUCCAGCCUCCAUCCCAACGCCUCCCUCGAUCCCUCCACCACCACCUCCUCCUCCUCCUCCUCCUCCUCAGUCUGCCGGGCUCGUAGUUCAGACCUUGAACGAGACUCCCUACAGUGACGCCAGAGGAGUUCCCAUCUACUGGAUGCACAAAGACAUUUGAUGAACACACAAACGUAUAAAAAUCGACAGUGCCUACACCCACGUUAAUGUGCACAUAAACAUUAAGCACACACACCAUCCAUGGUCUCUCAGAUAAAAAGUUAAAAAGUUCCAGAGGAAAUACAUCACGAGGAAACCGUCAGAGACAGAAAUCAAAGACGUUGACAUUCAUCCACUCAUAUUAAACUGACAGACACACUCACAUUCAUGGCCACAUUCAAACAGUCCAGGCUCGGUUAGAUCUGGUGGAAGUUCCCAGCUGAAGCAAAAAUAGAGCCUGUAAAUAUCACUAGUAUAGAAACACAUGUUCAAAUGGACUCAACACAAAUUAUAUCAUGGUCUGCAACUGUCAAGCAAAACACAAGAUUUGAUAUUUCAGUUCAAGAGGCUCGACUUUGGCUUUCAUUAAAGAAAUGAUGACUAUAUUUUAAAACCUUCCAGUGCCUCUCAUGAUUUUUAGAAUACAACUCUUUGCUCACUUAAGUCCUUCACUUAAGGGUUUUACUGUUGUUAAUUAAUGAAUAACGUGAGUUUGAGACUGUUUUCACAUUCUUUGAAUCAGAGUGUGAGACUUGGAUGAACAGUAGGAACUCUAUCUACUGUUAAAAGCCAGUCACUGUCGCAUAAUGCAGCUAACACAGCUCCUGAGGAGGAAACCUUAAAUCUUCAGGACACAUGAGAGUGGAACUUCCAGUGAACACAUCUCAUUUUCACUCAUCAGAUUUGCAAAUUGAAAUGUUUUUGACGUCCACACAUGAUGUAUUUUUCAAUUGAGGAGAAGGGGUAGAUGUCAUUUUAAUCAUCCUUACCUGCUCAGUCGAAUCAUUUCGAUAUUCUGAAAGUGUUUCUCGAAAGAGAUGGGCUCAAAAAUAUAAUAAUUGGUUUUCUCCCUGUGGGUAGUUGUUAAGCUAACUUGCACGCUGAGAAAUAUGUUCGUUGUUGAAUUCAAAUUAAUUAUUUCUAUCUUGAAACGAUCAUUGAACUGCUGCCUGCUGUGACAUCCUGUGACAUGUUGUUAUGAUCAACUCGAAGGAGGAAUGUGCCUUUUGAACUGCAAGAGAUCUAACGCCUUAUUAAAGUUUUUAAGAUUUGUUAUGAUAUUAAACUGAGACAUGUUGGUGUUUCCAUGGUGUAAAAUGAUUGAAAUAAAUUUUAUGUAAUAUUU